AUGGCUUCUUCUUCUGCUCAGGUGGGACAGGUGCAGCGCUCGUGCCGCAUCCCGGCAGCCCUCGCGCGCGACUACGCCGACCUCGACGUCAUCGUCAUCGAGGAGGUGUUCGAUUUCGGCUGCUGGACGGAGAGAGGCGUCUCCCUGCGCGACCUCUUCCUCUUCUACGGCUUCCCGCACAUGACGAGCAUCGUUGGCGAACGGUCGAGCGGCGACGGCAAUGACGACGACGGCGACGGCAACGUCGACGACGGCAAUGACGUUGGCAAUGAAGACGACAAUGACGACAACAACAACGACGGCAAUGACGACGACGGCAAUGACGACGGCAACGUCGACAACGGCAACGUCGUCAACGGCAACGUCGACAACGGCAACGAUGACAGCAACGAUGACGAUGGUGACGGCGUGGAACGCGCGGUGAGAUUCAUGCACGGCGGAGUGAUGAUAGCGUCACGCUACCCCAUCGUCGACGAGGUUCAGUACGAGUACGUCGCCUUGGAGCCGAGCGGGAAUCAACGCAAGGGCGUCAUGUACGCUCGUGUUCUCAAGUCGGUCGGCUCGGAAUGCAAGACGUAUCACGUGUUCGGCACGCAUGCGCAGCACGGGAACAGCCGAGAGCAGAUCGACGUGCGUCGGCGCGAGAUGACCGAGUUUCGCGCCUUCAUCGACAGCAGGAUGAUUCCUGCCGACGAGCCGACGAUCCUGGCGGGAGACUUCAACAUGGACUCUCUGCAGCGUCCCGCCGACGUCCUCGAGCUGCUCGCGAUACUCGACGUCGCAGCGCCACCUGUCGUCGGCGAGCCGACGCCUACGUGGGAUCCGGAGAAUCCAUUCAUCUCACCAGUGUACGGGCUGCAGUUUCUAGACUACGUACUGUACGACCGGCGCGGGGAGUGGCCGCAGCAUGCCGACAUGCGCGUUGUGAAGCCUAGGUCGCUGCUUCCAUUCCGUGUGUGCGUCGCCACGUCACUGACGACGUUUGUCUGGCCCGACUCGCCGCAGUGCGACGCCACCAUCGCCAUCACCGACCUGAGCGACCACUACGCCGUCAUCGGCAGACUCGCGUACGGCCGCGGCGUGGCAGGUGACGCCAUCUAGUGAGCGUUUGUCGAUCUUGCGCGCGUAACGUGCUUUCGCUGCUCGUAUACCUGUUGUAUUCGUGCGUGCGUGCGUGCGUGUGCACGUAUGUUUGAGCGUACGUGCGUGUGUGCGCAUGUAUGCGCGGGCGCG